AUGCCGAUUGUGAAAACUCGCACUUUCUGCUUGAGAGAGGGUAUUGACAAGUUCUAUUCAGGCUCGCAUUUUGUAACAGUCGUCACAUAUUACCCGUUAUACGAUGACGAAUCUCUAAUCGCUAAUAUUACAAGAACUACUACUCCAGUUAUUUUAUGCAUCAUGAUGAUAAGUAUGAUAACCACAGUAGACGGACUUACUACGGUCAAUCUUAUAAUAUUGAAAUGUAAACUUAUAACGUUGAGACAUUAUUUUGAGAACCUACGAGAUGAGGUCGAGCGUAUUUGCGUUCGUGGUGAUAUUGAGCAAGCGGCCGAGAAAUUAUCAAAUCGAUUGAUAGAAGGAAUUAUAAUGCAUAAAGUACUAUUAAGAAUAUUCAAACAGAUAGACAAAGCCUUCAGGAGUGUGAUGGCUUUGCAGCUUUUUCAAAGUUCUGGUUCUGCCGUUUCACUGUUACUACAAAUCGCUGUGACAUUAUUAUUCUUAUUAGGACUGUUUCUCUGCAACGCGGGUGAAAUCACAUAUCAGGCGUCCCUUUUAUCGGAGUCUAUAUUCUAUUGCGGCUGGAAUCUCAUUCCAUCGCAUUUGCCUCGUGGUGGCCAUCUUCGUAAAUUCGUCUUGUUUGCAUGUAUAAGAGCGAGGCAACCUCUGAUUAUGAAAUCAUUUAAGAUGAUUGAUCUCACACACGUGACGUUCCUAAUAGUAAAUCAUAGACUUGGAAUAUAG